AUGGCCCAAUCCAAUGGCCAGAAUGGCCAUCGAUUGAACUAUGGGACUCGCUUUCAACCCCUAUCCUCAUUGGGGAAGAAUACUGAACAGUCUCAGUGGAAGAAGAAGAAGGCAGCGAAACUCCCGCCAACACCUCUAGCGAGGACGAAGCCAUCCAUGUCUUUGGCGUUGAAUUUCAGCACUGAAGACAUCUUCAAUACGAAGAAACCUGGGGGAGACUGGACCAAACCACACCUGCCAUCUGAGGUGUUUUGGACCAUGUCUCUAGACCCCGAACUGAGAGAGAGUGUCCUCUCUCUCUCAAGAUAUAGGGGUGCAUCACACCCUAAGGAAAAGGAUGAAGGAAUGAAUAUGGAACGCCUCAAGAAAGAGAAACAAUGUUUCAGGUGUGGACACACUGGACAUCAGCAGAAGGAUUGCAAAUGUGAUCACGAAGGGAGCGGUUCACCAAAAACUCUGAACAGAGGAGGACCCACUUCGCACGGUGCCAACAAAUGGGAUUCGCGGAAGGACAAUGCCUUUGCUGUGGAUUCCCCAGACAUGUUAGACAGGACACAAAUGUCCGUCCGACAGAUCCAAGUGAUGCUCUGCUUGAAAAAGUAG